UCUACAAUCACAGUCGCAAACUAGAUUUUGUUCCGAAAGUAUUAUUUUGCUUCUAUUCUUGUUUUGUUUGCUGCUAACUUAUACAUACGUCAUGGUGUUCUGGACAUUAAUCAUUGGUGCGCUUCUAAUCGUUUGGCUAUACAAGCUCAACAAGGAUUAUGUUGUACUGGCAUUGUUUACCAAACGCGUGCGUACAGCUGACGGUACGCCCUUGGAAAAUUCAGUAGGAAUUGCAAAGGGUAGAACAAUAUUUGCUAAUGUAUUCGAUUUGGCCUUAUCCAGUGAUAAUGUGUUUGAAUUUUCUCGCAAGCUUGGCGCCAAAAUGAAAAGAAGUUACUUACUAUACACGCUAUUGAAGCCUAUUUAUAAUAUCAUAACAGCUGAGGAGGCUGAACUUGUGAUGAGCGAUCAAAAAAAUCUAAUCACCAAAGGCAUUCUAUAUACCUUUAUGGAACCGUUCUUGAACAAAGGACUCUUGACGGCAUCAGGCAAGCAGUGGCACUCUCGUAGGAAAAUGCUAACUCCCGCUUUCCAUUUUAAUAUACUUGGGCAAUUCGAGGAGGUUUUUAAAGAGGAAAGUAGUAAAUUUGUACGGAACUUAGAAGCUGGCGAUUUGAACUCGAUUACUUUAAAUGAAAUUAUACCAAAAUUUACACUCAACAGCGUCUGUGAAACUGCAUUAGGCGUCAAGUUGGAUGAGCAAAUGAAUGCCGAUCAAUAUCGCGCCAGCUUCAGAAUGAUUGAGGAAAUGUUUCUUGUGCGGAUCACUAAUCCUCUUUAUAUGUUCGAUCCGCUAUAUAAACUAUUUUUGGCGCCCAAAUUAAAAAAACACAUAAUGACUGUGCAUAAUUUUUCCAGUGAGAUAAUCAAUAAGCGUCGUCAAUUAUUUGCAGUGGAACAUCAGCAAAACCGACCGCAGAGCGAAGAGGAUGAAAAAGAUAUUAGUUUUACUAAAAAGAAACGCUUUGCAAUGUUGGACACACUCUUGUACGCCGAGCGCGAUGGACUCAUUGAUCAUGCGGGCAUCUGCGAGGAAGUGGACACAUUCAUGUUUGAGGGUUUUGACACUACAUCAAUGGCACUGAUAUUUUCACUUAUGAACUUGUCACUGUAUCCAGAUAUGCAGGAGCGUUGCUACCAGGAGAUACUCGAACAUGUCGAAGAUGACAUCAGCAAACUGGACAUCAACCAGCUGGGCCAUCUUAAGUAUUUGGAAUGUUUCAUAAAGGAGACUUUACGUUUAUACCCCUCAGUGCCAGUGAUUGCGCGCAAGGCGCCAGUUGAAACUCGUCUUGCAAACAACUUAGUACUACCUAAGGAGACCCAAAUCACUAUACACAUCUUCGACAUACAUCGUAACCCCAAGUACUGGGAUAAUCCAAAUGCAUUUGAUCCGGAUCGUUUUACCCCUGAUCGUUCAGUUGGCCGACAUCCAUUUGCAUUUGUGCCAUUCAGCGCUGGACAAAGAAACUGUAUCGGACAAAAGUUCGCUAUGCUGGAGAUUAAGACCCUUUUAGUUAAUAUUUUAAAGUCUUUUAAAAUUCAACCAUUGAUGGAUGAAAACGAUUUGAAACUUAAUGCUGGUAUGAUUAUAAGAACACCAAAUUCAGUGAAAGUUAAAUUGGAAAAAAGAGUCUAAAAUUAUACAAAUUAUUUUAAGUAUCAAGUCAUUUAUAUACAUAUAUGUAUGUAGUCAUGCAUAUAAGUGACUCUAAACGUAAUUUAAUAUUUAUUUUUGAAUUUAAUAGUGGUUUCCCACCGUUUCUAAAAAAAAUAAACUAACACAAUUGUGAUAUGAGUUAAUAAUAAAGACGCUCAAUCUGGCAAUAAAACCUGAA